AUGUUCACUGCUGCAAGAAGACAAUUUUCCUCCUCCUCAUUGAGACUGUCCAAGGUUUACUUUGACGUUGCAAUCGACGGCCAAAAACAACCAAGGUUAGUUUUCGAACUCUUUGAAAAGGUUGUUCCAAAGACUGCUGAAAAUUUCAGGGCACUAUGUACCGGCGAAAAGGGUUUUGGAUACAAGGACUCCAUUUUCCAUAGAGUCAUUCCAGGUUUUAUGGCCCAAGGUGGUGAUAUCACCCACCAUAAUGGUUACGGUGGUAAGUCCAUCUAUGGUAACAAAUUUGAAGACGAGAACUUUGAAUUAAGACACACAAAACCAGGCCAAUUAUCCAUGGCCAAUGCAGGACCAAACACAAACGGGUCCCAAUUCUUCCUCACCACUGUCCCAUGCCCAUGGUUAGAUGGCCAUCAUGUUGUCUUUGGAGAAGUUGUUGAAGGCAUGGACACUUUGAAGACUAUCGAGCAAAACGGAUCCCCAUCCGGCCAACCAAAGGCUGAAAUUAAGGUUGUUGAGUCUGGCGAAUUGAAGGAGUAA